ACCAAAAAAACCCCUAAUUUUUAUUUAUGAAAAUAAAAAUAUACUUUUAAAUUUCACUUGCACAGAUCAGAGAGAGAAGAAGAAGAAGGAGAAGAAGAAGAAGACUUUAUUUCACCAAAUUUCUCCCUUCAAAAACCCUUCCCCUCCUUCUCAAUUCCUUCCUUCCCAAUGCCAAAUCUCUCUUCCUCUUCUUACAUGGGCGUCCCAUUCGCCCUCUCCUCUUCCUUACAUGGAAGGCGCCGCCGCCGAUUCUUCUGAUUCUUCUCUUCAUCAUGACUUGCCUUUCACGCCGCCGGAAGCGGCGGAGGAUAAUUACUAUUCCGAUUCAGAACUGUUUCGUGUUUCCUUGACGGAGGCUCCAAUUCUCCUGCUUAUUAAAUUUCACCAAGCACUGCGAUUGGAGGUUGCGGAUUUACGGCGCGUGACGUUGGCGGCGGCGGAGAGUGGGGGUUACGGCGGCGAGUUUGUGUCGGGAUUGAUUCGGAGAGUUGAGUUUCUGAAACUUGCUUAUAAGUAUCAUUGCGCUGCGGAGGAUGAGGUUGUAUUCCCAGCACUUGAUCUACAUACAAAAAAUGUCAUCUCCACAUAUUCUUUGGAGCAUGAGAGCUUGGAUGGCCUCUUCACCUCCAUUUCUAAACUCUGUGAAGACAUCAAUGGAGAAAACAAAGAUAUCUCCAAGCCAUUUCAAGAACUUAUUUUCUGUUUAGGCACCAUUCAAACCACCAUUUGCCAGCAUAUGAUCAAAGAAGAACAACAGGUUUUUCCAUUGCUGAUGAAGGAAUUCUCUGCAAGAGAACAGGCGUCGCUUGUGUGGCAAUUCAUUUGUAGUGUACCAAUGAUACUAUUGGAGGAGCUUUUGCCAUGGAUGAUGUCUUUUCUUCCAGCAGAUCAGCAAUCAGAAGUUGUAAACUGUCUAAGAGAUGUAGUGCCGAACGAGAAACUUCUGCAAGAGGUGAUAAUGUCUUGGCUUGGCAGCACUGAGAAACCUUGGAGAGAUGUAGAAGUAGAAGAUAUAAAGUUACAAUCAUCUCAAGAAAAUGGACAGAGCCCUGUUGAUAGCCUUCAUAUUUGGCAUGGUGCCAUUAUGAAGGAUCUAAAGGAAGUAUUGAAAUGCCUAUUUCAAGUCAAGAGUUGCACUUCAACAGCACUUUCUAACCUUGAUACCUUACUUGUCCAAAUAAAGUUCUUGGCUGAUGUAAUUCUAUUUUACAGAAAGGCAUCAGAGAAAUUCUUUUGUCCUGUGUUCAAUCAACGAUCCGACGUCUGCUUAACCACCUCUGACCAAUCUUUUCUUAGUGAUGGUCAUAUUGAAGGCUUACAGCAGUUGCUACAGCAUGGUGCUCAAGAUACUAUACCUUUGAGUAUUUUUUUGGAAAAAUUGUGCUGGGACAUGGAGUCGUUUGUCAUACGAGUCAGCAAACAGUUCACUUUUCAAGAAACAAAGGUGCUUCCAGUGAUUAGAAAGAGCUGCAGCCAUAAAACACAGCAACAACUCCUGUAUCUGAGCCUCCGAACCUUACCACUUGGACUCUUGAAGUGUAUAAUUACUUGGUUUUCAGCUCACUUAUCUGAGGAAGAAUUGAGAUCUGUACUUCAGGCCAAAUCAGAGGGAAAUUUUCAGGUUAACAAUGCACUUGUCGCCCUCUUGCAUGACUGGUUUCGAAUUGGCUACUCAGGAAAAACCUCGGUCGAACAAUUUGGACAAGAUUUGCAACAAAUUUUCAAGACCAGAAGCUAUAUUUUGGAUAAACAGGUGGAACAAAUGAAAGAAGUUGCUGGAACUUCAUCGUUGAGCUCAAAUGCUCAAUUUUAUAAGGGGGAAAACUCCGAGGAAAUGGGAUUACUUUCUACCAACAAGGAUAAGAGCUUCAUGUCAAAUUCUUCACCAACUGUUUCUUGCACUGCUCCCGCUUAUGGAACAUCUUAUUCUAGUGGAAUCAAUCUGCAAAUACAUUUUCCAGGAACAGUGAAGGUACCGUGUCCGUAUACUAAACAUCUUUACGAAGGACGCCCACAUUCUGCUUUUAAUCAGCCAAAACCAAUAGACCUCAUUUUUUUCUUCCACAAAGCUCUCAAGAAAGAAUUGGAUUACUUUGUUCUUGGUUCAGCUAAACUGGUUGAACAUGUUGGAAUCUUGACAGAGUUUAGAAGGCGAUUCCAAUUGGUGAAAUUUUUAUAUCAGAUCCAUACGGAUGCUGAGGACCAGAUUGCUUUUCCAGCUUUGGAGAAGAAGGGAAAGUUCCAAAACAUUAGCUACUCCUACACUAUUGAUCAUAAACUGGAAGUACACCAAUUCAGUAAAAUAUCAUUCGUUCUUAGUGAAAUGUCUGAAUUGCACUCUUCAAAUUUUUAUGUCAAUGCUGAUAGGAAAAUAUUUAGUCACCGGCAGCUCUGUUUGGAACUUCAUGAUAUGUGCAAAUCUUUGCACAAGUCUCUUUCUGAUCACGUUGAUCGUGAAGAAAUUGAGCUUUGGCCCUUGUUCAGAGAAUUCUUCACGAUCGACGAACAAGAAACACUUAUUGGAGCAAUAUUUGGCAGAACAAAAGCUGAAAUAUUGCAAGAUAUGAUACCUUGGCAAAUGUCAUAUUUAACACCAUCUGAUCAACAUGACAUGAUGUCUAUGUUCCACAAGGUAACAAGAAAUACCAUGUUCAAUGAAUGGUUAAGAGAGUGGUGGGAAGGUUAUGACCAUGAGAAUGUGGCCGCUGAGGUGAAAACUAUUACUCCCUUACUGACUUCAGAUCCUUUGGAAAUCAUCUCAAAAUAUUUAUCCAAGGAAGUAACAGAUGUAUGUGAAGGAAAUCUUUUUGGAAAAACCAUCAGCUCAACACAGAAGGAACACCAAUUUCAUGUUACCAAUGCUGACAAGACAGAAAUGUUCAUUUUGAAUGAUGAAGCAAAAGAUUUUGAUGGCGACCAACAUGAUGAAACAUUUGAAGAAUCCACAAAACUUGUUUCUCAUGGGGUUGGUGAUAGGGAUGCUGAUGGUAUCACAGAACAUGAGACCGAAAAAGAACAACCUGACGAAGGUAAGAAAUCAAGUCAAAAUGAUCACCUUCUUACAAUUAGUCAAGAAGAACUAGAGGCUGUAAUAAGAAGGGUAUCAAGAGACUCAUCCUUAGACUCCAAAAGUAAAUCCCACUUGAUACAGAAUUUGCUAAUGAGCCGUUGGAUUGCAAAGCACCAUUCCCAAGUAGAGAUAAACAUUACAUCAGAAAACCAAGGAUAUGCAGGUCAGUAUCCAUCUUAUAGGGAUUCCUUGAAGAAAGAAUUUGGUUGCAAACAUUACAAAAGAAACUGCAAGCUUCUAGCUCCAUGUUGCAACCAACUAUAUACAUGCAUACAUUGUCAUGACGAGGCUACCGAUCACUCAUUGGAUAGAAAAACCAUCACAAAGAUGAUGUGCAUGAACUGCUUAGUAGUUCAGCCCAUAAGAAAGACAUGUUCAACUCUCUCUUGUGGUAAUUUAUCCAUGGGAAAAUACUUCUGCAAGAUCUGCAAACUAUUUGAUGAUUCAAGAGAUAUCUACCACUGUCCAUACUGCAACCUAUGUCGAGUCGGGAAGGGAUUGGGCAUUGAUUACUUCCAUUGCAUGAACUGCAACGCCUGUAUGUCUCGUGCACUCUCAGUUCAUAUAUGCAGAGAGAAAUGCCUAGAAGACAACUGCCCUAUUUGCCACGAAUACAUCUUCACUUCCACCCUUCCAGUCAAGUCCCUUCCAUGUGGCCAUUUGAUGCAUUCAGCAUGUUUUCAGGAAUACACCUACACUCAUUAUACCUGCCCUAUCUGUAGCAAGUCGCUAGGAGACAUGCAGGUUUACUUUAAGAUGUUGGAUGCAUUUUUGGCUGAAGAGAAAAUUCCAGAAGAGUAUUCUGGAAAAACUCAGGUCAUAUUGUGUAAUGACUGUGAGAAGCGUGGAACGGCACCGUUCCACUGGUUGUACCAUAAAUGUUCCUAUUGUGGUUCAUAUAAUACUAGGGUUUUGUAAUUCCACUGGAUUUUGAAUAAUCGGUUGAUUCUUUCCAAGCACAUCUGUAGAAGGAUGAGCUUGUGCAGAGUGAAAUAUAAAAACAAAAUGAAUGGAAAUAAAGCAUGGCCUGCUUGUCAUGUGCAAUCCAUCCAUGGAGAUGGAGUGGAGUUGCAAAUUUUUGAAGCACAAACCUAAAGCUUUUUUCUCAAUGUAUAGUGCAAUAAUAUUCAGUCAGUGAUAUGACAAAAUACAAGAAUUAUGAAGGCUGAAGUUCAAAUGAAUCUACAAUAAUUGGAUUUUGAUACAUAAAUCUGUAAGUAAAAACUUAUUGAGGCAUACAUUUUUGCAUGGUAUUGAACAUUAAAUAAAAACAUUGCAAAUCCCCCCAAGCUUACGCUCAUAA